UGCACUGUGUCCCUCGGACACAGCGGAUCACCGAUCAACGGAAAGAGCGGAAGAUGUCGGCUCAGUCAUGUGCCGGUCACGCUGACAGCUUAGCACUGAUGAUCAGUGUGCCCUCAUGAUCUGUGUAGCCCCAGCAGCGCCACCUGUCAGUGUCCAUCAGUGCCAGCUCUCAGUGCUCAUCCAUGCCACCUGCCAGUGCCCAUCAGUGCCACAUUUCAGUGCCCAUCAGUGCCACAUAUCAGUGCCCAUCUGAGCUGCCACUCAGUGUCACCCAUCAGUGCCACCUAUCAGUGCUGCCAAUCAGUGCCACCUAUCAGUGUGCAUCAGUGCUGCCUGUCAGUGCCCAUCAG